AUGGAUCUACACCCAUCCUCUGACUCAGUGUCUUUUCAUCCCUACGGUACGCUGUUUGAUGUCGAUGGAUGGACCGAUUCUGAUCUCAAAGGCUUAUUCCACGAUGAUUGGGACAACGUUAAGAUGGCCAUUGGUUCGCUUGAUCGAGCCAUCUCCUUUGUGGCUGGGUUGACCGUAGAGCACUCUACCAAUUCUGUUGAGCCCAUCCUUAAACAGGAUGAUAGUGACGAUCAGGAACUUCGAUUUGAGAAAUGUCCGCAGAGGGAGGUAGCGGACACUGACUUUGCGCCAAACGGAAAAUAUGGUGGUGUCUGCAAACUUAUCAUGCGUUUUCAGAAUGAGGAAGCUAAGCGUUUUGGUGGUCUGGGUUGGUUGCUAGAUAAGGAGACAGUCGUAACAGCCGGCCAUUGCUUGUACAAGAAGAAACUAGGCUGCGUACCUGUCAUAGAGGCGAUUGUGCGAUAUGGGAUCGGUGCAUCCACAAACGAAUCUAGGAUGGCAACGAGAGCUGCGUUACACCGUGGGUAUUUCGCAAGAUAUCAUCCACCACCUGGCAGUAGCGUUAUUAAGCUUGACAAACCGUCUAAGGACAAUCUUCAGAUGAACCAGGGUGUCCCCAACAGUCACCAUGGUUUCAGUCUUCCGGCAUUUCAGAAGGCCCUUCUUGUUCCCGAGAAUGAAGCCGGCAUCGAAAUGCGUAAUGCACCCAAGGGGGUACCCAGUGGGGCGCGGGAGGUCAUAUAUUAUUGA